AUGAGUGGCAGAAUAUUGGGGGAGAAACUGUGGGGUGGAAUCGAGGCAACUGUGUUGCCAGGGGUUCUUUAGCCGAGAUUCCUUCAUGGCGCGUAGGGUGGGUGUGUGGACUAGAUCAGGCAUCCCCAAACUCGGCCCCUCCAGCUGUUUUGGGAGUACAGUUCCCAUCAUCCUUGACCACUGGGCCUGUUAGCUAGGGAUGAUGGGAUUUGUAGUCCCAAAACAGCUGGAGGGCCGAGUUUGGGGGUGCCUGGACUAGAUGGUUCUUGGGUCUCUUCCUGCUCUACGAUUCCCUGAUUCUAGAGAUUCCUCGGAGGUUUUUCAGCAGAGGCUGGGGUUUUUAAGCUGUCCUCCCCGCAUUUGCAAAGAGCUUGGGGUCCCUUCCGACGUUACAGUUCCAAGAUUCCUUGAAAUGACUCUCCCUUGCAGGGACCUCCUCGCCUGGACCGUCCACGGAAGGGACGCAUCCAAACGGCUAGGCGAGUUUAGCUGAGGCUGCCCCGGCGCCAACGCUUCCCUGCUUACACCUGAGGACCUGGCCAGGUGAUCCUCCAAUAGCCUCAAGAGAUCAGCAGGAAGAAGAAGAAGAAGAAGAAGAAGAAGAAGAAGAAGAAGAGGAGGAGGAGGAGGAGGAGGAGGAGGAGGAGGAGUUUGGAUUUGAUAUCUCGCUUUAUCACUACCCAAAGGAGUCUCAAAGCAGCUCACAAUCUCCUUUCCCUUCCUCUCCCAAGACCGGAACAUGUCGACAGAUGUUUGGGUGGGGUCCUGGCGCCCCCACCGGCCCAGAGGGCCAAUUGCUGCCCUCUACAGCAGCCCCGGGCCCAAAUAUGCUCUCCCAUCAAACGUAGGCUACCAACUGCAUGACCCUUCUCGCACCCGGGCCCCGGCCUACAGCUUUGGCACUCGCCACUCCCAGGACCAAGAGAACUGCUCCCCCGGCCCGGGCUACCUCAUCCCAACCAACAUGACCGUGAGGGGCAGGGCCGGGAUUCCUGCUUAUUCCAUCUACGGACGCCCCAAGGACGUGCCGCCUUUUAGGACCCCGGGGCCAGGCUGCUAUUCUCCGGAGAAAGCUGGGAGAUGGGCUUACCGCUCUGCCCCCAUGUACUCCCUUGCCUACCGGACGAAGGAAUUCCAGAACAACCAGACACCAGGGCCUGCAGCCUACUGGCUCCCCCCCAUGCUGGGGCCCAAUGUGGUUGGCAAGACCUCAGCCCCCAAUUUCUCCAUUUAUGGGCGCAAGUCAAUCGGCAGCUUCUAUGAGGACCUCAGCAAGACGCCAGGGCCCUGCAACUACCGCCUGGUGGAUCCCAGCGUCUACAAGAAACGGCCGCCGCAGUUCAGCAUGCUAGCGCGCAACAUGCCCCCAGGAGACAACACUUUGAAGCCGGGUCCAGGAGCCUACAGCCCCGAGAAGCACACCCAGCAACGUGGCUUGACCUUUGGGAUCCGCCACUCGGACUACGUGGCUCCUCUCAUUGUGGAGGUGGCGGAUUAAACUGGCUCCAUCGGCGAAGACGGUCUGGACAAGAAAGAUUCCUUUGGAAACAUAUGGAUCUCUGGGUGCUUUGUGUUGCUGCUGGGGAUUGGGGCCUGGGGAGGG